AUGAAAACUCACAACGCGACCAACACAUCGGUGGCCCCGGUGUGCGUCGUGACAUUUUUCAACUUCAACUGCAGUCCCCCGGAUUUGGGCGACGGCGAGAGAGACAUCCUCAUCGGGGGCUUUUCCCUCGUCAUCGCCACCACGGCCCUGGGGAACAUCCUCACCAUCACCUCGAUCCUCUACUUCCGACAGCUUCAGACGCGCACCAACGCCUUCGCCAUAUCCCUGGCCACCGCCGACUUGUUGGUGGGCGUCAUGGUGAUGCCCUACGCGGUGACGCGCACCGCCUACACGUGCUGGUUCUAUGGAAAAACCUUCUGCAAGAUGCACACGUGGUUCGACUACACUCUUACCACCUCGUCCAUUCUCCAUCUGGCGUGCAUCUCCAUCGACCGCUACGUGGCCAUCAGCGACCCCCUUCGCUACGAGCAGCGAGUGACCAAGAAACUGGUGGGCAGGAUGCUUGUGUUUUGCUGGACCAGCUUUAUAAUCUACGGCCUCUCAUACAUGCUCGAGUGGAACAUCGCAGGCAUCGAGGACAUAGUGGCCAGCAGCACCUGUCCGCACAACUGCCCCGUCUUCAUGAACGUCCAGUUCGCGCUGACCAACACGCUGUGCGCCUAUGUCACCCCGAUGCUGCUCAUGCUAGCUGCGUACGCCAAGGUGUACGUGAUGGCUCGGGCCCAGGCGAGAAAGAUCAGCAUCGCGAUGCUCCAGACGCGAUCGGCCGACGCGGCGGUGCGCAGCCGGUGGAGCGCCAUGAAGAGAGAGCACAGCGCCACCAAGACGCUGGGCAUCAUCAUGGGCGCGUUCGUAAUCUUCUGGGUCCCCUUCUUUGUCGUCGCCGCCUCCGAGCCACUGCUCGGCUACGCGUCCGACCCACUGGUGUGGGACGUGGCCAACUGGUUCACCUACAUCAACUCCACCAUGAACCCCAUCCUCUUCGCGGCGUUCAAUCGCUCGUUCCGCAACGCGUUCUAUCUGAUCGUGAGCGGCAAGAUCCUGCGUGGCAGCUACAGAGGGACGGAUCUGUUCAGUUUCAAACGCGGAGGCGGAGUGGCUGAGAUGGCUUGA